AUGUGCCAAGAAGAUAAAAGCGGGAUACCCGAAAGGGAGCAGAAUGCAAGUGGUCACCAUGCCGACUCUCGGCUUCCUACUUGUCCUGUGUGGCUCUGUGGAGUUGCUGACACUCAGCUCACCGGCCCGAGCGAGCCCGCACUGGCGCUACAAGCGGGCUGUGGCUGUCCACACAGAGCCCAGCCCCAGCCCCGGAGAGCAGCGCUGCUGGCCGGCAGAGAGGAGAGGCAGGGGCCGGCGAGCUGCCGCCGCAGCCCAGCUCGCUCACUACCCCUGGGCUGCGGAGUAUGGACACCCGGGAGGCUGGAGCGGGGAGAGGAGCAGCGCGUACCCCGAGAGGAGCAGUGCGUACCCCGAGGGGAGCAGCGUGUACCUGGGCGGAGAGAGCAGCGGAUACCCCAGCGAGUGCAGCGGAGCAGCGGCCGCCAGGAGGCUCGGCUAUCCCGGCGGAGGGCUCUCUAUCUCUCCGGCGGCAAGGAACGCCUGAAGCUGCGGCGGGACACCAGCAUGCCCCGGGGGCACUUCACCGCCGAGAUGUGGCUGAAGCCCGAGGGAGGGCAGAACAACCCGGCUAUCGUGGCAGGGCUCUUUGAUAAUUGCUCCUAUUCACGUAGUGAGAAGGGCUGGAUGAUUGGGAUUCAAUCAUUAGAAUACUCUGGAAGGAAGGAUCCCCGUUUUUUCUUCUCCCUCCGCACAGACAGAGCCAUAAAAGCCACCACAGUCUUUGCCCACCACAAUUAUCAUGCCAACACCUGGACUUACCUGGCCGUCUCUUAUGAUGGCCAGCAGAUGCUGCUGUACGUCAAUGGAGCCAGAGUCGGGGCCAGCACUGGACAGUUCGGGGAUCUGCACAGUGCGUUCAUGAGUUCUUGCCGGACAUUGCUGAUUGGCGGGGACAGCUCCGGGGAUGGGCACAGUUUCCGUGGUUACCUGGCCAGCUUUACCCUGUGGAAAACUGUAAAGUCUCAGGCUGAAUUAGUGAAGAGCUAUCGCCAAAGUAUGCAGAGAAGAGAUUCCUCCUUGGUUUUGGUGGCAGAUUUCUCCAGGAUGGAAGAACAAUGGAUACCAGAUAAGGACUGCCAUUAUCCCACCCGCAACGUAGUGCUUCUACCAGAGCCAGAGUUAGCAUCUCCCUUGACUCCUCCGCCAUGUGGGCUGACAGUUUGUGACAAUAUUGAUGUCAUCACGAACUACAACAGUUAUUGGCCACUGAGGGGAGAGAAGCUGAUGCGCUACCGGGUGAUUAACAUUUAUGAUGACAAACGGCAAAACCCCACGGUUACGAAACAGCAGAUUGAGCUCCAACACCAAGCGUUGAACAGGGCCUUCAGCAGGUAUAACAUGACCUGGGACCUCACUGUCACUGAGGUCCUCAACUCGACCAUUCGGAACCGAAUCAUCCUGGUAAACUGUGAGACGAGCAAAAUUGGGAAUGACCACUGUGACCCCGAAUGUGACCACCCCAUGACUGGCUAUGAUGGUGGGGACUGCCGAUUCCUGGGAAGGUGCUAUGUUUGGAAGAGGCGGGAUGGGAUCUGUAACAUGGAAUGCAACAGUAUCCUGGAUGAUUUUGACGACGGUGACUGCUGCGAUCCCACGAUUACAGAUGUGCGGAAAACUUGUUUUGACCCUGACUCUCCAGAAAGGACCUACAUGAGUGUGAAGGAACUGAAGGAGACACUGCAGAUCAAUGGUUCCAUGUAUCUGAAUGUCUAUUUUGCCAAUUCAGUGCGGGAGGAGCUGGCAGGUGCUGCUACCUGGCCCUGGGAUAAAGAAGCCCUGACUUACUUGGGUGGGGUUGUCCUGAGUCCAACCUACUAUGGAAGGCCUGGCCACACCAACACUAUGAUCCAUGAGCUUGGCCAUAUUCUUGGUUUGUACCAUGUCUUCAAAGGAGUGAGUGAGAAGGAGUCAUGUGAUGACCCUUGCAGGGAGACAGUCCCAUCGAUGGAAACUGGGGACCUGUGUGCGGACACCCUCCCAACUAUUAAGAGCAAAGUCUGUCGGGACCCAGAUCCAGUGAAUGAUACGUGUGGUCAAGUGCAAUAUUCUGGCACACCAUUCACCAACUACAUGAGCUACACAGAUGAUAGCUGCACCAACAAUUUUACACCAAACCAGGUGGCACGUAUGCAUUGUUACUUGGACCUGGUGUAUCAAGGCUGGAUCCAUUCUAAAAAACCUGCGCCCAUUUCAGUGGCUCCAGAAGUGAUCAGACAGACUCUGGACUCUGUAACUAUUCAUUGGCUGCCGCCAAUCAGUGGGAUGCUGUAUGAAAGGGAGGCAGGAACAUUGUGUGGAGAUUGUGAUGAAGAUGGAAAAUUCUAUCAGUAUGCACACACAGCCUCUUCACCUCGUAUCUGUGAUGCAUCAGGCUACUGGACUCCUGAAGAGGCAGUGGGAUCUCCUGAUGUGGAUGAGCCCUGUGAACCCAGCCUGCAGGCUUGGAGCCCUGAGCUUCACCUUUACCACAUGAACAUGACGGUGCCUUGUCCCCAGCCAGAUGGCUGCAUGCUGGAGGUGCAUUUUGCCCACCCUGUCAUCGCCGAUUCUCUCUCAAUCUGGGUGACCUACCUGUCUGCGGUUUGGAAGGAGGCAUCUCUGCCAUAAAGCUCCGUGACUGCUGACAAAGAGGAAUCCAGCUUGGGAAUGCUUCACACUUUCUGCAAUAUCCCGCUCACUGUCAAAGUCAACAUCAAAAAGAAAGUGGCUGGCAUUAAGGUCUACACCUUUGAUGAGAAGAUGGAGCUGGAUGCUGUGCUCCUGACUUCCAGGUCUCAGGACCCCUUGUGCACUGUGUGCAAAUCCCUAAAGUAUAAGCUUGUGAGGGAUCCUCCAUUUCAGAAGGGGUCGAGUGUUACUGUCACUCAAAAGGAAAGAACAUUCACUGACUGGGAGGUUGUUCCAGGCAGAGUUUACAGCUACCAAGUAAAGGUGGCAGCAGGAUCUUCAUCCAGUGAACUGACCCCAUCUCUGAUAUACAUCCAUGGUAGUCCCUUCUGUGGAGAUCAGAAAGUGGAAAAGGAUCUUGGUGAAGAAUGUGACGAUGGUAAUUUGUUAGAUGGUGAUGGCUGCUCAAGAAAGUGUCAGAAAGAGGAGAAGUUCAACUGUGUGGGGGAACCAAGCCUCUGCUACAUGUAUGAUGGAGAUGGGGUCUGCGAGGAAUUUGAGAAAAAUAGUAGUAUUCGUGACUGUGGCUUUGCCACACCUAAAGGCUUCACUGACCAAUGGCCAGCAAGAGCCUUGGCCUCCCACCAGGAUGAGAGAAAGUGUCCAGUUCAAGUGAUCACAGGACAACCCGACGUGACAAAGGUUUGUCAGACAGAACUUCUGGAUGAGACUGCCGGGCUGUCCCAGUAUGCCUGGUUUCCAUGUACUGCUCCCUUCUACACUGCUAAUACCCAAGACUUCAACAAACCUUAUUCAUACCACAGCUCGGAUGAUGAAAACAACAUCUGGCUGAAGGUCUUUUUUGAUCAUCCCGGUGUGGCCAGAUCAAUUCUGAUUUACUUAUCCGCAGAUGGUACAACAUUGUUUGAUCAACAGCGUAAAUCGAUUAAAGUCCAGCUCACUGACACCAAUGGACACAACCACAGUCUGGGUACUUAUGAGUUGAGUUGCAAGAGGAAUCCGUUAACCAUAAAUGUGACUCGCAACCUUGGCCUCAAUUUCUAUAAGACGGCAUCGGUUCUGCUGAACGUGUCCUCACCACUUGUAGCUAUUUCUGGGGUGGCUCUGCGUACCUACAAUCAUUUCGAUUUUGCCAUUACAUCCAACUGUGCAGAGCGAGAGGGAUGCAAGGACCACAAACAAAGCUGUGCUUCAUGUUCCUGUGAUCAAGACCAGUGUGAAACUUUAUCAGUACCUCAGGCAACUGUGAACUGCGCUGUGGACAGCAGUGAGCAAAUGGAAUGUCAUGUGGCCUGUGCAAAAGGAUUAUCAUUGAAAUCUGUGUGCGGCAAGCAUUUUAGCCCUCUACAGACAAAGGUUUCUCUGAUCUGCAAACAUGGAAAGUGGGACGGAGCUGUGACCUGUGAACCCAUUGACUGUGGAGUUCCUGACCAGUCGCAUGUUUACCAUGCCAGCUUUUUUUGCCCUGAAGGCACCACUUUUGGAAGCCAAUGCACCUUCUCCUGCAAUCCACCAGCAAUACUGCAAGGUGAUAAUUACUCCCUGAAGUGUAUGGAAGAUGGCCUGUGGUCACUCCCUGAAGCCUACUGCAAGGUGGAAUGCCAUGCCCCUCCACCAGUGGCUAAUGCCAGACUGCUGGUGCCACGAUGUCUACAAGGAGCUCAUGACGUCGGUUCGACCUGCAGAUACAAAUGCAUCCCCGGCUAUUACGUACAUGGGAACAAUGACAAGCGAUCCAGGAAGAAAUUCCUAAAGCUGCAGUGUUUGGAAGGAGGAUAUUGGGAGGAAGGUAGCUGCAACCCUGUGCUCUGUGACCCACCUCCUCUAGUCUUCCAGGGAAUGUACAGCUGUACCAAUGGCUUUGAGUUUGACAGCCGCUGCAUCAUUAAUUGUUAUGACCACACGAAAAAGGGUCCAAUUCGUUGCACUAAAGAUGGCACAUGGACAGAAGACUUUAACUUGUGUGAACAGGUGCAUGCAGACUGCCUGCCUCCUCCAGAGCUGAACUUGGUGGAGUAUCUUUGUGCUGAUGGCCAUGCAAUAGGUUCUGUGUGCAUUCCGUCUUGUGUGAUACCUCCCAGUGAUGUGGUGGUUUUGCCCAGCAAUGUAACUGCUGAUACAAUGGAGCACUGGAUGGAACCACCCAGAGUGCAGAGUAUUGUGUGCACAGGACUGCUGCGAUGGUAUCCAGAACCCCACGUCAUCCAUUGUAUCCAGUCAUGUGAGCCUUUUCAAGCUGAUGGUUGGUGUGACACAAUCAACAACAGAGCAUACUGCCAAUAUGAUGGAGGAGACUGCUGCCCAUCAACACUCUCUUCCAGAAAGGUAAUUCCCUUUGCUGCUGACUGUGAUGAACAGGAUGAGUGUACUUGCCGGGACCCCAAUGCUGAGGAGAACCUUCAGAAAGAAACGCAACAUGGAUUUCACUAGCGUGGAAGAGAAAAUAGACACUGC